AUCUGAAGCUGCGCAACUUGCAGCCCGUUGCACUUCCCCUCGUCUGCCUCGGACGCCAUUCGGCCACAGCCGAGGCCAUGUGAGGGGUGUGUGCCAGUCUGUCUAUAAAUCGUGGUCGGGGAUUCCAUUCCAUCGGUCUCUCCUUGUUUCCAUCUCCCCUAUACAUCAUUCAUCAUGGAUACUGAUUCCGAACCUCUUGACGUGCUCAUCGUGGGCGCCGGUAUCUCCGGCAUCAACGCGGCCUAUCGCGUGCAAUCGCAGUUCCCCAACUAUCGCUACGCCAUCAUUGAGGCUCGCGACCGGCUGGGCGGCACCUGGGAUCUCUUCAAGUACCCCGGCAUUCGCUCCGACUCGGAUCUCUUCACCUUUGGCUUCUCGUGGUAUCCCUGGGAUCGCAGCAACCCCAUCGCCGAGGGGGCCUCGAUCGUGUCAUAUCUGCAUCGGGCCACCAAAAAAUAUGGCAUCGACCAGCACAUCCACUACCAGCAGCGCCUGCUGGGCGCCGACUGGUCCUCGGAAGACCAACUCUGGUCGCUGACCAUCGACCACAAUGGCCAGUCGCGUCCCUUGACGGCGCGCUUCCUCAUCUUUGGCACGGGCUACUACGACUACAACCAGCCCCUGCAGGCCGACAUCCCCAACCUGUCACGCUUCACGGGGGAAGUCAUUCACCCGCAGUUCUGGCCCGAGGACCUGGACUACAAGGACAAGAACAUUGUCAUCAUCGGCAGCGGUGCCACAGCCAUUACUCUGCUGCCUAAGCUGGCCGAAAAGGCCGCCCGCGUGACAAUGCUGCAGCGCAGUCCGACGUACAUCCUGUCCCUUCCCAACCGGAACAAAUCAUGGUUGAGCUAUGUGCUGCCGUCCGGCAUCUUCCGCCGCUUCCAGCGCCUCAACUGGUUCAUCAGCUCGUGGCUGUUCUUCUGCUUCUGCCAGGCCUUUCCGAGUGUCGCGAAAUUCCUGCUGCGGUUGUCGGUGACACGCCAGCUGCCCGAGUCGGUACCAUUCUCUCCGCACUUCGAGCCGCGGUACAAUCCCUGGGACCAGCGUCUCUGCGUGUGUCCCGAUGGAGACUUUUUCCGCUCGCUGCACUCGGGCCAUGCCGACGUCAAGACCGACACCAUCCGCACCGUCACCGAGACCGGCAUCGAGCUAAAUUCUGGUGAGACUCUCCCGGCCGACCUGAUCGUGACUGCUACGGGCCUGCGUCUCCAGAUCGCAGGCGGCGCCUCUCUCACCGUUGACGGCAUCCCCGCGCACCUCCCAGACAAGUACCUCUGGCACGGCAUGAUGGUGCAGGACCUCCCCAACACGGCCUUUGUGAUCGGAUACACCAACGCGUCAUGGACCCUGGGCGCCGAUGCCACCGCGCUGUUCCUGUGCCGGUUGAUGGGCGAGAUGGACCGCCGGGGCAGUCCGUCGGCAACGCCGCGCCUCCAGGGCGAUGAGAUCACUAAGAUCCAACCGCGUCGCCUGCUGAACCUGAACUCGACGUACGUGACGCGCGCCGUGGGAUCCUUGCCCAAGGCCGGCGAUCGGGGGCCGUGGGUGCCGCGGGAGAAUUAUCUGCAGGAUGUGUGGUUUGCACAGCAUGGCGAGUUGAACGGAAUAGAGUUUGCAGGGGGGAAGAAGGAGCAGUAGAUCUGCUUUUCAUUCUUUCGGUAUUCUUACUUUCACAAUCCUAAUGUUCCCUAGUGUAUGUAUCUGAUGGUUAUGCGUAUAUAUUCUUGUCCUAGUCGAUAAUCUACAUAAUAACCUAAUGA